CGUCACCAACCAAUUUCCCCCUUAUCGUCGACGCGAUUCUCUUGUGUCCUGUUUAGAUAUCCUCCUACUUGGUCGGCCUGUAUUCGACCGCUGGGCUUUAACCUAGAGACUCUGCUCCGCGAAACUAGGUUUCUCCUCCUCCGUCCAUUAGACAUCGGGAAAACAAGUAAAGGCGACCGACCAAAAAAAAGUAUGCGCAGCGGUGGUGAUCGAUAGCAUCAGUUUCAACUCCCACGAACAGUAUACAAAUGCCUGACGUAGUCAUGGAAUUCAUCCGCACGAAUGUCCUGCGGAGGGGCCCGUCAUCGCAGGGGCAACCCGAGGACCUGGAACGGCAGAGACAGCCGGAGAUGGGCGAGCGUCGAGAUACUCGUACCAGGGGCACGUCGGGAACUAGACCGCCCGUACGGCCUUUAUUCACGAGUCGGUCACGCAGAGGCGAGCGCAAUCGAAGAGUCGACGGCAACGGACCCGACGAAGACGGCCCCAAGACACCUCGAUUCAAUUUGGGUCUUCCUAUUAUACCUUCUGCUCGUCCACAUGGCUCGAAUCUCUCACGACCUUCGACUCAGGGAUCCUCCAGACCACCUUCGUCUGGUCAAACCCAACAACCACCACAGCCAGAGUCCAGCGCUUCGCCGCCUAGGACGCGAUCCGGGCGCAUUCCCGUCAUCUCCGAACCGCCGCCUUCACACGUGAGCGACAGCUCCGGAGCCAUUGGGCCGGGACGAACACGAUUCCGGGGUGCCGACCCCGCGGAGACCCAACUAGCCGAUACCGUGCAUAGGCGAAGUCGCCGCCGCCAUUACCGGGACCAAGCCUCCGAAUCCGACGAGGGUCGCAAGCGAUUCAUGUUUUGCUUUCCGUGGGUCAAGUCGCGACGCAUGCGCUCCCAGAUCCUGCGGUGUUUCGUCUCGGGUAUCUUCCUGGUGUUGAUGCUUACCGUCUAUCUCGUGCUCUCAGUGACAAAGAACAUCAACAGCAACGAAUUUACGGUGCUUCUUGUUCUCGUCGUUCUAUUUGCGACCAUCUUCUUCUGCCACGGAUUGAUUAAAAUAUGCAUGCUUAUCCUGAAGCCGCCGAAAGAAAACGACGAAGAGCACCCCCCCAUGCCGCAGCUGAUGCAGCCUGGAGGUUAUGCCAUCCCACGACGACCGAUCCACGUUAUUCUCGCACGCGACGAAGAGGUUGCGGGGAUCGUCGAUACGGCGAAUAAGACACAACCUCCGGCCUAUGGCUUAUGGCGCGAGAGUGUGCGCGUCGACCCGAAUCGUCUCUACUGGCAACGCAACGACCAGCCGCCUGCGGAAGACAGCGAAGAACAACCAACUCGUCCCGGGACCGUCCAGACGCGACCGCCGUCAUAUGCAUCAGAAGAUGGGGUAACGUACGUGGUCGAGGCACGUCCCCGGUCCAUCGUCCCCCCUCUCAAUGUACCGCUUCCCCCCCAUCCCUCCGAGGUGCCCCUCCCAGACGCAGAGGCGAGGCGGCCCCAAAAUGCUCGGUAAAAGGGCAUGUACGGUUCGCCACCCGCGUGGAUGGAAUCAAAGAGGUUAAUGAGGUGAAGAGGGGAUGCAUAGUAGGGGUUAGAGGUAGGGAGGGGGUGUAUGAUGGUGUACGAAAACUAAGAGAAGGGGGGUUAGAGAAAGAAAAAAAGAAGUCGGAGGGGAGAAGGGAAUAGGGUGCUGAACCACUAUCGUCUCGCGCGUGGGUGGUGGAGGAGUUGGAACGGGUCGUCGUAAUAGAUGAUGUUAUUUGCUUGUUUUCGCUUCUCGCCUGCGAACGGGCUACCGUAUGUAAUAGUAGACCGUCGUCGUUGAGAGAGCUGCACGAGGC